AUGAUAUUCGGGAAAAAUGGCAUGGAAAUUAAUAUGGAAAAUAUCAAAUGCUUUUUCUCAGACUGCGCUCUAAAGCCUCAGGGAUUCUGCGAUUGCAUGAGCUCUCCAACUCUAUUUUGUGAGAGACACUGCUUUGACCACCUUCAAAGAUUAGAAGAAAGUCCUCAUAAUUUUAAAAACCUUUGACAUUCUCCUUCUGAAGUAACAAGACAAAUAAUAAUACAUAAAGCUAAUGAGCUAAAGCAUAGUAUUAAAAACAGCAAAAAAUAUUUGGUAGAUGAGUAGGACGAGCUUUAUUCUUUUGCCAUCUGUUCCCUAUAUGUUUUUUAAAAAGUAAAAAAGUAUUUCAGUGUUUGAUGGACUACCAAAGCAAAUCAUUAGCUAUUUUAAAUGAUCUUGAAAAAAAAGCUGAUAAUUACAUCAAAGCAGCAUCGUAUCUUAAAGAGGUCCCAACCUAUCCUGAAGCCACUACUUAUCAGCUACUUUUAAGAUUAAAGCCGGAAGAAGUAACUUAUAGAUUAAGAGCUUGAGAGAUUUCUAACGAUUGAUUGAAAACUCAACAUAUGAUCGAUUCAAUUAGAGUUUCUUUUGAAUGAUUUAAAAUUAAUCCUUUUGUCGAAAUUUGUGGUUGCCAAACUAACUCUGAAAGCAUUUUUUUUAUUUGUGGUGAUCAUGUAAAAGAGUUAAAUGAGUAUAGGCUUGCUGAAAAUAGACUUGUUAAACAUCAAUUAGAUAUCCAUGAAAGCAUAUGAAACAAUACAUCAAUAUGUGCUCUACCAAACCAUGAUUUGCUUUUUUACGGAAAUUGGGUAAACAAUGCUCACACUGGCUUUAGUUUUCUUAUAGAUAAAGGUAAAAAUAUCAUGAAGCUGCCUACAGGAAAGGCUAAUUGCGAUUUAAGCUCAGUUUGGUAUAAUAAUCAUAUUUAUUCUUUUGGAGGUGUGUAUGGAGCUUCUGAAAAAUUUUGCUUAAAGAAAAACUCUUGAAAAUCUUGCUGCAAGCUACCUGAAGGAAAUUACCAAUUCAGUACUAGUAUCAUUUUUUGUGAUAUAUUGCUAUUAACUAGCCUUCGUUGUACAGACUUGAUCAAAUAUAAUUUUAAGAAAGACGCCUUUAUAAAAAUUUCAAAUUUAAUAUUAGCCAAAGAAAUUCAUAAGAGAUUAUUUAUUGGAAAUUCUAGAGCCUAUGUUAUAGAGACAUCUCAAAAUAUUUAUGAAAGUGAAGAGCUAAACCCAAUGAGAUGAAAAAAUAUUGGGAAGAAUAAUAUUAAAAACGCAUGAAUUUGGUCUUUUGGGGCCUUUUUUAACGGUAAGUUAUGGUUUAUAAAUUGGGAGUGCGAUUUAAUUAAAUUCGAUUUAGAAUCAAAAAAAUUGGAUUUUGUGAAGAAAGUUUAG